AUGACAUCCAUCCGCAUCCCUCACACACUUAAAAACAUCGGACCCUUGCACGCCCCCGCUAUCGACCCCUCAACACCAAAGCUCUGCAUAGCCAACAAAGUCAACAUCAAAGUAUCCGAACCCCAAGGCCACUAUACUCCAGCAAUAAUCCACGAACCCCCAAUAAUCUACCAAUCCCAAAGCUACAACCAAUUCGAUAAACGAACCGGCGCCGUAGUCCUAGUCUCCGGCGCCGGUGGAGGUGUCUCCGGACCAGGAGGAAUAUAUCCCUCGCUCGCAGACAAAAUCGCCCUCCUGCUCUCAAUCCCCUGUAUCAGACUAGACUACCGCACCCCCGCCGAAAAAGGACCCUGCAUAGCCGAUAUCCACGCUGCACUAGACCACCUCCACGAAAAAUAUGGCGCGCAGAAUUUCCUCCUGUAUGGAGACCGGGGGGAUAGGAGGAUUAGGUUGUUUCCUGGGGAUGAUCAUGGAUUGACGAGGAAUGCGGUUUUGGUUGAACGGAAAAUAUUUGUCUUUGCGGCGAGGUGCCUUGGAUUGCAGAGAAUUGUUGAUGGGGAUGUUUUGGAGCAGGCGGGGAUUGAUCUGGUUGGUGGGAGGGAGGAGAGGGUUAAGGAGAUGGAACUGGGGAGGGAUUUGGAGAAUGGUGAAAGGUUGUUUUAG